CGAAAAGGCCUUAGGUGGAGCUACCGAAAGCACUUAGUUUCAUCGGUAGUAUCUGUCUCCCUACAUUUUGGAUCCUCCUGAAAAUUGCUCCAUCCUUUGCUUUUCUCUUGGCAUUAAUACCGGUCUGUUGUUCAUCUGUCUCUCGCGCACGAUGCCCAUAUUUGUUAAUCCUCACGAUUAUGUUUCUGAUUCUGAUGGCUGCAUCAACAACAGCAACAACAAGAGCUCUCUCUCGUUCAUCGACCGAGCAACUUGAUCAUUUUUACUAGAGGUGUUGGCCAUGACGAAGAUUCGAGGGGGUCUGACCAAGCGAAAACGAGGUUGCACAGUAAAGCUACGAAGUCGAUGAACAUACCAAUUUCCGGACUCCUUCGACGUGGUGCAGCGCGGGCAAGAUGAAGUUCCGAGUAACAACCAAAUGUCGAUUGCAGAGUAGCCUUCACCAUGAGCGCUUGAAAUUUGGAGAAACAUUGUGAUUGUGUAGUACAGUCUGGCGACCAACUUUAUCAAAUUUAAAUAAGAUCAGGGACACCAAUCAUUUGCUGCAGUCCGCGCGAUGGCUUCUUCUUUUGACCCGGCAAGAUUGAUAGACGAUCUGCAAAAGAAACAUCAGUUUUUGCCCGAACAAACCCUAAAAGAGGUAUGUCGUCGAGUCAAAGCGCUGCUUCUAGAAGAGUCCACGGUCGUGCCUGUGCAGGUACUCCUAACUAAAAUAUCGUUUGUUUCUCUUCUUAUCAAGACCUCGCUUAGAAAAAAAGGUUUCCGCACUGCUUUUUUGGCUGUACGACCUCUACAACUUGUCAGUCGUGCUCAAAUUAUAUCAAAUAAAAAGAGUAUCACAUAUUGAGCAGGUCCGAAAGCCGUACGUCGUUAUUGCUGGGGACAUCCACGGUCAGUUUUUCGAUCUGCUAGAGCUGUUUCGGAAAGCAGGAGAUUCGGAUUUGACGCGACUGACCAACCAGUAUGUCUUUCUCGGAGACUUUGUAGAUCGAGGAUUCAAUUCCGUAGAGACCUUUCAACUACUGUUGUUGUUGAAGCUGUGCUUUCCGGGACAGGUAACGCUUUUACGCGGCAACCACGAAAGCAGGCAGAUCACUCAGGUCUACGGUUUCUAUGACGAAUGCCUAAGAAAGUACGGAAACGUCAACAGUUGGCGCUUCUGUGUAGAAAUAUUUGACUAUUUGUGCAUCGCGGCAGUGGUCGAGAACAAGAUCUUCUGCGUGCACGGAGGAUUAGCGCCUGACCUGCUGCUCAUAGACCAGAUUCUUAUGGCAGAAAGAAGGAUUGUCUAGUAUCAUUCCACUCUAGUCCUGAGCAGCAGGGUGUAAUAACACUCGUGAUCAUGUCCGUGUGUGACCGAGAUGUUGAUAUGCGAUGUCUAACUACAUCGAUGUUGACAUGUGAUGGAAGUGAGACUGAGAUGAGUUGAUAUGCGCAAUGACACUGCGCAAGAAUGACACUGAACACUGACAGAACGUCUCUAAGCCAAGCCGCAUCCAGCGUGUGUGCGAAAUACCACACGAGGGCAGUUUCGGCGACCUUGUGUGGUCCGACCCAGAUCCCAACGUCGACGGAUGGUCGAGGAAUCCUCGAGGUGCCGGGUGGUUGUUUGGCCCAGACCCAGCAAGGCAAUGGAAUAGCAUCAAUGGCAUGGACAUAAUAGCUCGUGCGCAUCAGCUUGUGCAGGAAGGCUACAAGUACAUGUUCGAACGGGAAAGCUUUUCCGCCAAACUUCUCGAGGACUUGGCGCCACAGAUAGCUAAACAAGACGACGCACUGAAAGCAACAAAUGCAACUGCAAGAAAAGCGAAGAGUGACAACUUUGGCGGCGGCACUAGUACUACUGGUGGUGAGGAGCCAAGUCGUUAUAGGAAGAAAAAUGAUGAAUUUGGGGAUUUCCCCUUAGACUUAGAUCCUUUUGACUUGAGGGAAGGCAGCUCGGCAGCCACGGAAGCAGCAAAUGCAGCUGUUGCGGAGAGCAACAACAGCAGCAGUCCUGGCGAAUCUGCUCAGACGAAUUCUUCAACAAAUGAUAAAGUAGAGGAGGAAGACAGUAAUUGGGCAAACUUUGCUGAGUUCGACGCUUUUGCUGGUAACGAUGCUUUUGGCAACAAGGCUAGUGACGACGCAUUUGCAGCACCGCCAUCCACAACUGCAGCUUUUGAAGAGAUAGACGCCGCACUAUUCCCCUCACCACAUCAGCGCCUACUUGCGGACCUUGCACCCGCUCAUGCGCUUUCAAAAACGCGCUCGAAUCGGACUUCAAGGACUAGUAGCUUACGCUCAGGUAGAGUCUUGCUAUCAAGAAUCUGUAGUCCAACGAUAAGAAUGAGAUUAUAAGUAAGUACUUAACGGUUGUAAGAAGUACAACUACAACUCAGGACAUCAUCUUCAGUCUUUGAUUCCGCUUUUCCUCUCCUCUACUAGAACACAUGUUCUUGUUUUCUCUCGUUCCCUCUUUCACUCCCUGACCGCGGUGGCAUCUCAGACGCGGAGUACGACCUUGUUACCGUUUGGUCGGCGCCUAACUAUUGCUAUCGGUGUGGCAACAUAGCCAGCGUCCUUAUGGUCGAUAAAUACUGUAACCGGCGUUUCGAAAUCUUUACAGAGGUGGAGGCAAGCAGCCGAGCGACGCCACCUAGGAACUUGGUGCCCUACUUUUUGUAGGUGGUGCUGCGUUGGAUCAAAAUCAAUGACGGAUGGUUGCGCUUCAUUGAACGCGGUGGAAGGGGGAGACUCUUUGCAAUUGUCAUAUAGACAGCAGAGCUGCGUAUUAUACUGUUUUCGCAACAAACAUUGGAUGUAUGUUAGAACUAAUGAUGUGCAUAUUGUCCUAUGUUUUCUUGUGAACGCAGAUAUCAUGGAACCAGGAUGAUCAGGCUGGAAUGGUUUGCAGACUGAGUGCCAUGGUGAAAAAAAUUCUAGGCCGAAGUGGCCAUUUUCAUUCCGUG